UGUCUUCUGCUUACUGACAGAAGAGGGAACUCAUCUUUAAAGAAGACGUCUCUCUUCAUUAGAUCAGAGGAGCAGCUAUGAGUUUAACUGCAGCAGUGAGUGGAUUUGUCGUCUUCCUUCUCUCUGUACCGGAGGAAGGAAAUCUAGGCGUUUAACAGCCUGAUAUGUGUCUUCUUACUGACAGAAGAGGGAACUCAUCUUUAAAGACGACGUCUCUCUUCAUUAGAUCAGAGGAGCAGCUAUGAGUUUAACUGCAGCAGUGAGUGGAUUUGUCGUCUUCCUUCUCUCUGCACCAGUGAUUCAUGGUCAGGAUGGCUGGAGAGUGACUUACACUCCUACUAAGAUCUGUGCUGUAGGAGGAUCAACAGUGGAAAUACGCUGCAGCUACACAUACCCAUACACAAUAUCUCGCCUUAAAACCCGAGUUGAGGAAACAUUUUGGUUCACUAAAGUGAGUAAUGAUGUUUUUGUGGAUCUGAGAACGGACCCGGAGUAUUCAGGUCGUGUGCAGUCUCACUGUGGAAACAACUACUGCACUCUGACAAUCACAAACGUGAGAGAGAGCGACUCAGCUGAGUACAAGUUCAUGUUCACUACAAACCAACCAGGUGGGAAGUAUACUGGUGAUACUGGAGUCUCUCUGUCCGUCACAGAUCUCCAGGUUCAGGUGAACAAAUUAGCUGUCUUCCAGUCUCAUAACCGGGCAGAGUUGACGUGUCAGAGCAGCUGUCUUCUUCCUGGUCGUCCUCCCUACGUCUGGUACAACAAUGGACAGAAGAUUCAGAGACAAACUUCUAUUUUGUAUUUAGACAACUUUAAUCCUGCAGACAGCAUCUCCUGUGCUGUAGGAGGAUAUGAGGACUUCCCCUCUCCUUCACUGUUGAUUCAUGGUCAGGAUGGCUGGAGAGUGACCUACACCUCUUCUAAGGUCUGUGCCUUAAAAGGAUCAACAGUGGAAAUACACUGCAGCUACACAUACCCAUACCAAAUAUCUGGCGUUAAAACCCAAGUUGAGGAAACAUUUUGGUUCACUAAAGUGAGUAAUGAUGUUUUUGUGGAUCUGAGAACGGACCCGGAGUAUUCAGGUCGUGUGCAGUAUGACUGUAGAAACAACUACUGCACUCUGACAAUCACAAACGUGAGAGAGAGCGACUCAGCUGAGUACAAGUUCAUGUUUUCUACAAACCAACCAAAAGGUAAAUACGUUGGUGAACCUGGAGUCUCUCUGUCCGUCACAGAUCUCCAGGUUCAGGUGAACAGAUUAGCUGUCUACCAGUCUUAUCACCGGGCAGAGUUGACGUGUCAGAGCAGCUGUCUUCCUCCUGGUCGUCCUCUCUACGUCUGGAACAAGAAUGGACAGAAGAUUCAGAGACAAACUUCUGUUUCGUACUCAGACAACUUUAAUCCUUCAGACAGCAUCUCCUGUGCUGAAGGAGGAUAUGAGGACUUCCCCUCUCCUUCAGUGUAUGCUCCAAAGCUUCCCUCUGUGUCAGUGAGUCCCUCUGAUGAGAUAGUGGAGGGCAGUUCAGUGACUCUGACCUGUAGCAGUGAUGCUAACCCAGCAGCUAACUACACCUGGUACAAGGAGGAUGAAGACUCACCAAAAGCAUCAGGACAGAUCUUCACCAUCACUGACAUCAGAACUGAACACAGUGGGAAUUAUUCCUGUGAAGCCCAGAACAACAGAGGACGUCAUAACUCCACCUUUCUUCUGAUGAUUGUAGCUGGGAAUUCAACAAUGAUAAUGAAUAUCAUCAGGUCCACUCUGGUGGUCUUGAUGCUGAUUCCUCUGCUUCUCCUGAGUCUGUGGACGAGGAAGAAGAAACCUCUGAGCUCCACCACUGAACCACACGAACUCAUAGAGGUAGAGUUGGACUCUUGUCCUGUCUAUGAGAUCUUCUCAGAAGCUGCAGCACAGACAGAAGACACAGAGGAGCAGGAAGACCGGGUGUGAAGUCCAGUCAGAUGCAGUUGAACCAGAGAGAGACUCACCUGAUGGAAACAAAGUAGUACGACAUUGAAACAUCACUGUGGAGAGCGAGGCUGUGCAGGAUGUGGGGGAAGUGGAGACGUAAACCUCCCAAAAGUUUUCUUUCUUGUCAGUUUUCAGUAGCAGCAGCAGCAGCAGGUAGGAGUCAGCAGCACAGACAGUCAGCAGCAGAAUGAAUGAAGAAGGUUUAGAAGAACGUGGUGUUGGCAGCUCCAACUGAAUCAUGUUGAGGUGACAAACUUGAUUUAUUGUUUAGAUCAGCUGAUGGUCAGGUGCUGUGUGACUUAGUGACUCAAGAAACUGCUUAAAAUAUGCAAGCUUAAUUUUCUUUUAGUGUUUUAUAUUACAGAAAGUGAGGAUGAAAGUUUCCAUGCAAAAUAUUGUUUUUAAGUUCUACAUAAUUAAUAACUUUUGAGAAAUCCUGAUCAGCUUCUGGGUUUACACCUGCCCAAUAAAGUCUGUUAAAAACAGAGACAGUGAACUGAAAGCAUCACAUUUUACUCCAUAUACAGUUUAGUUUGUCAUACAUUGAAAUCUAACAAAAGCAUUAACUUUUUUGGAUGUUAUAAGUAAUGAACCUGUUGGAUGACUCUGUAGUUGUAAAUAUUAGUCUGCAAAAAUAUUUGGAUGUCAGCUUUUCUUUUUCAUUAUUCACAGUAUUAUUUUAUUUACCAU